AUGGCUCUCCCCGAAGAAACGAUUGAGGAACGAGAUCUUCGAAUUCAAAAAUUGUUCGAUACGCUUGAUAUCGAUGACACGGGCAAGGUAAACUGUGAGCAGUUAACAAGAGCUCUUCAAAAAAGCAGCCAUCCGCUAAAAAACUCUCCUGAAGCCAUUGAGCAGCUCUUUCGGUCACUAGAUUGUAACAAUGAUACUGUAGUAGAUUUCGGGGACUUCAAGAAAUACGUGCUAACGGCAGAGAGUCAGAUACGGCAGGGGUUUCUAAAGCUGGAUAGAGAUCAUGACGGGAAAAUUCGCACAAGUGAACUCAGCAGCUAUUUGAGCACACUAGCUGAAGUCAACGAACCCCGUCCCGAACAAUCAUCUACCUUUAAAAAUUUCUUGCAUUGGGCCUUCUCAUCCAAGAGGAAAGAAGCUGAAAACUACCCCUAUAUCACAUACGAUCAAUGGCGUGAUUUCCUUUUAUUGAUGCCGCGGAAGAAGGGAUCGCGAUUGCAUACCGCAUAUUCAUAUUUUUAUCUAUUCAACGAAGACGUUGACCUGUCGUCCGAGGGGGAUGUAACGUUAAUUAACGAUUUCAUACGCGGAUUCGGCUUCUUUAUAGCGGGCGGCGUUUCUGGAGUCAUAUCGAGAACCUGUACUGCGCCUUUCGAUAGAAUAAAGGUUUUCCUUAUUGCUAGAACCGAUCUGUCGUCAACUCUUUUGAACUCUAGAGACAAAGUGCUCAAAAACAACCCCGCGAUAGAUAGGGCCAAAAUCAAGUCACCUCUGAUAAAAGCUGCUACUUCGCUUUAUAGACAGGGUGGGCUUAGAGCGUUUUACGUUGGCAAUGGGCUGAAUGUAAUGAAAGUAUUCCCUGAAUCUGCAAUAAAAUUCGGAUCUUUCGAAUUCGCUAAAAGAAUGAUGGCUCAGCUAGAAGGCGUUAAAAGCACUUCUGAUAUCUCUAAGUUCUCAACGUACGUUGCUGGUGGUUUAGGAGGUGUGAUGGCUCAAUUUUCGGUGUAUCCAGUGGACACCCUAAAGUACAGAGUUCAAUGCGCGCCGCUCAACGCUCAUAAACAAGGAAGUCGAUUGAUGGUGGAAACAGCCAAGCAAAUGUAUCGAGAGGGGGGUUUGAAGUUAUUUUAUCGAGGCGUCACUGUUGGAGUCAUGGGGAUCUUCCCUUAUGCGGCCCUGGAUCUGGGCACGUUUUCGGCGCUAAAGAAGUGGUACAUCACCAGGCAGUCACAGAUAUCUGGUCUUCCUGAGGACCAAGUUACAAUGAGCAAUAUGUUCGUGCUUCUGAUGGGGGCCUUUAGCGGCACUGUGGGUGCCACCGUCGUCUAUCCGAUCAAUCUCCUGAGAACCAGACUACAAGCGCAAGGCACCUUCGCGCAUCCUCACACGUACAACGGGUUCAGCGAUGUCUUUUUGAAGACGGUCGCUAGAGAGGGUUAUCCAGGGCUGUUCAAAGGUCUGGUACCUAACUUGGCCAAAGUAUGUCCAGCCGUCUCUAUCAGCUAUUUAUGUUACGAAAACCUCAAAAGAGGCAUGAAUCUGGAGUAA